CAGUUCUUUUCAUGCAGCUGGCAACGCUGUGCUGGUAUUUUUUAGCCACACUUUGCAUGCUGGACGAUAACACAAUUACAAAAAUUUCUUAUCGGACCAACGAUAGCUGCGCGUUUAUUUCAGCUGUUCAACAACCAAAACAACAACAGCAGCAACAACCGUAUUAACAUCAGCAUUCGCAGUAGCGGCAGCCACAACAAACGUCCAGCACAAAUACUCACCAAGCAAUAAAAUAGAAACAACAAUUAAGUAACAAACACGCAAGUGCAACAAAUUGGCAACACUUGCAAACGUACAAAUUGUGAAGGUCAUUCCAUGCAAAAGCACUAAGACACGGAACAGAUAGAUACGGAGAAGGGGAGAGAGAGAGAGAGAGCAACAACAAAUACUAACUGAAGGCAGAAGUGAUAGACUGCCAAGCUUCCAACAAAAACAAUUCAAAGAAAAUAAACGGAACCGCCAUGGCGCUAAACAUGAAGGCUCUGCUGGCCAUGAUCUUUGUCUUUGUGGGCUGCUGCAGCAACGUCGUCUUCUUGGAACUUAUCAUACAAAUCGACCCGGGAGCUGGAAAUCUGAUCACAUUCCUACAAUUCGUCUUCAUUGCCCUCGAAGGUCUUAUCUUCACCUCCAAGUUCUUCACGGUCAAAGCGAAUAUUGCCCUCAAGGAUUAUCUCAUGCUGGUGGUGCUGUUCUUUGGCGCGAACGUGUGCAACAACUAUGCGUUCAACUUCAAUAUACCGAUGCCAUUGCACAUGAUCUUUCGCAGCGGGUCGCUGAUGGCCAACAUGAUCAUGGGCAUUAUAUUGCUGAAGAAGCGCUACAAUCUGAGGCAGUACAGCUCCGUGGCGAUGAUCACGGCGGGCAUCAUUUUGUGCACGCUUGUGUCGAGCGGCGAUGUCAAGGACAACACGCAUCCCACUCUGAAGGUGGACACCUCCUUCUCGGACUUCUUCUGGUGGAGCGUGGGCAUUGCUCUGCUCACGAUCGCCCUGCUGGUGACAGCCUAUAUGGGCAUCUACCAGGAGGUGAUCUACAAGCGCUAUGGCAAGCAUCCCAAUGAGGCGCUCUUCUUCACACACAUGCUGCCCCUGCCCGGGUUCCUCAUCAUGGCCAGCAACAUCGCCCAGCACUGGAAUAUCGCUGUGGCCUCCGAGACGGUGGCUGUCGCCCUGCCCGUGCCCGGAGUGAGCUGGUCGCUCAGCUUUCCGUUGAUGCUCUUCUAUCUGCUGUGCAACGUGGUCACCCAGUACAUCUGCAUCAGCUCCGUUUAUGUGCUGACCACGGAGUGCGCCUCCCUCACAGUUACCCUCGUGGUGACGCUGCGCAAGUUCGUCUCGCUCCUCUUCUCCAUCAUCUACUUCCGCAAUCCGUUCACAAUCUCCCACUGGCUGGGCACCAUACUCGUCUUUCUGGGCACCGUGCUCUUUGCGAAUGUGAUCAACCAGGUGAAGGAUGCGUACCAGGCGCGCCAAGCCAGGCAGGCCAAGCUGAAGACGGGCUAAUCCAGACACGCCCCCCCCAUAGUAUAGCGCCCACCCCUCCCAGUAGAGGCCAUUCGUGCAUGCCAUUGAUAUUGCUAACAGUCGCUGUCCCGCUCGCAUUCGUGUGCUGGCUACGUCCUUCUCUGUUUGUAUUUUAGUUUCAGUUCCCGCGCUUCAGACUCUAUUGUAUAUGUUGUAUAUAGAUAGUUAGUUAAGCUAAUGCCGACUAUUUGAUACUCUGUAAGCCAAGCUCUUGACGCUGUACAUGUCCCGUACCAUGUAACCUUUGUCCCGCUUUAUGUAAUAUUUCUGUUUUUUUACAUAAAAGUUCAAAAGUAAUUUUAGCAAAAUUUUUAAAUAAUAAAUAAACAAACAAAAAAUUACCCGA